UUGUGAUUUUUGAGAGCGGGAAGAAUUAUGGGGGGGGUGAUGUGAGCCCAAACAUCGUGUGUUGACCAAAUUAGUUCAUUGUACUGUCUGACCAGUGUUACCAGUUCAACCAUGGGUUAUGGAAACCGCAGUGAAUCAAUGUAACGGCGGAAAACGUGGCAUUAGCAUUAGUUGUUGCUAGGUACUCAGUAAUAGGCUAACUUACAGGUGAGUUAAACUGUCUCUCAGGUAUCAGUGUGUUGGUUACGUGAAUCUAUGUCCUCAAUGGAGUACACCAUUGGAGGGGUGAAGAUCCACUUCCCCUGCAAGGCUUACCCAUCCCAGCUGGCCAUGAUGAAUUCAAUUGUACGAGGGUUGAACUAUGGGCAGCACUGUUUGCUGGAGAGUCCCACAGGCAGCGGAAAGAGCCUGGCCUUGCUCUGUUCGGCCCUGGGAUGGCAGCAGGCUCAGUUUGCUAAACUGCAAGAAGGAGGAAGACUUGUGGAGGACAAGAGCCAGUCAGAUAAAAACUGUGGAGACUUUAAGAAGUCAGAUGUCACCUGUCAGUGUGUGUGCCACAGUGAAGCCAAUGGGACCUCAGCUGUAGCUGCAGCUGCAGCAGCCAAACCUGUUGUUGUAGACCUCACUGUGUCACCCUGCAAAGAGACUGUACAGCCUCCACCUCCAGCACCUGAACACAUGCCGUUGCCAGAGGAGCCACAGCCCAAGAAAAAGUCUAUUGCCUCUCGUCUGUCUGAGAAGUUCCAGUCUGACCGAAGUUCUGCCCGCGAGGAAGACGACGACUUCCAGCCAGAUAGGAAACGCAUUCGCUCUGCUGAGCACAAGAGUCGUAAAAGACAGCGUCUGGAGCAGGGAGUGGUAUUUAUAGAUGAUGAGCCGGAGCUAGAGAAUGAGCCUUCAGGACCUCAGAGUUGGACAACAGAGCCUAACAGCCAGGCAGCUGGUUUGUCCUCAGCGUGCUGCUCUCCGGAACCCUGCUCCCAGUGCCUGUGUGCUUCGACCAAACAGGGUGUGAAGGACAAAGACAACGAUGGCAAAAAGAAGAUUCCUAAGAUCUUUUUUGGCACUCGCACACACAAACAGAUAACUCAGAUCGCCCACGAGCUGAAGCGCACUGUUUACUCCAGUGUGCCCAUGACCAUCUUAUCCAGCAGAGAUCACACCUGUGUCAACCCCGAGGUGGCACCUCACUCCAACCGCAAUGAACGCUGCAAGGACCUGCUGGACGCCAAAGAUGGCAGGUCAUGCCACUACUACCAUGGUGUUCAGAGGAUGCGGGACCAGUACAUGCUACAGAAGGUCCAUGGAAUGCAUGGAGCCUGGGACAUUGAGGACCUGGCCACACUGGGCAAACGGCUCCGGUCAUGCUCCUACUAUGCUGCACGUGAGCUUAUGCAAGGCGCCUCCAUCAUCUUCUGCCCGUACAACUACCUGCUGGACCCAUUGAUCCGGGAGAGUAUGGACAUCAACCUGGCAGGCCAGAUCUUGGUGCUGGAUGAGGCCCACAACAUUGAGGACUGUGCAAGGGAGAGUGCCAGCUUCACCUUGAACCUCAACAGUCUGCUGAUGUCCAGGGAUGAGCUCGACGGCAUGGUCAACAGCAACAUCAGACGCUCCAAACACGAGCCACUCAGGAACUUCUGCUAUAGCCUGAUCAACUGGAUCCAGGAGAGCCAAAGCCUGAUGUCUGAACGGGGAUAUGAGAGUGCCUCUAAAGUUUGGAGUGGGAAGGAUAUACUGCCCAUCUUUCACAGUCUGGGCAUCACUGCUGACACCUUUAGCAAUCUGAAGCAAAACUUGGCAGCAGUGUUGGAGAAAGAGGAGCGUGUUGGUUUGGUUAAUGGUAAAGAGGAUAUGGUGCCUGUCCCAACCAUCAGCUCAGCUACCUCCACUGUCCUCAAAAGCCUCUUCAUGGUGCUGGACUACCUCUACAGGGACAACUCCAGGUUUGCUGAAGACUACCGGGUAGCUCUGCAGAAGAGCUAUGCUUGGACGAACCAGGUCCCACCUGAUGUCCCUGAUGCCCAGGGCUUUUUAGUUAGGCCACACCAACGCCAGAGACAACGCCAGAGCAUCCGAGUCAAGGCAGAAAUCCUGACACUAAGCUUCUGGUGCCUCAACCCUGCUGUGGCUUUCUCUGACUUGAGUGGCACAGUGCACAGCAUUGUGCUGACAUCAGGGACCCUGUCACCCAUGGGCUCCUUCUCCUCUGAACUUGGGGUGAAAUUCUCCAUCCAGCUGGAGGCCAACCAUGUUAUUAACAAGUCCCAGGUUUGGGUGGGCACUAUUGGUGCAGGACCCCAGGGCAGAAAACUCUGUGCCACAUUCCAACAUACCGAAACGUAUGCCUUCCAGGACGAGGUGGGUGCGCUGCUGCUCCAUGUGUGCCAGGUCGUGGCCAAGGGUGUGCUCUGCUUUUUGCCUUCUUACAAGAUGCUGGACAAGCUGCGAGACCGAUGGACUAACACUGGUCUCUGGGAGAAGCUAGAACAACAGAAAACUGUGAUCACAGAGCCCCGCGGCGGUGGCAAGGGGGAUUUUGACGAACUUCUUCACACGUACUACGAUGCUGUCAAAUACUGUGCGGAAAGAGAUGGUGCACUGCUGAUUGCUGUCUGUAGGGGUAAAGUGAGUGAAGGACUAGACUUUACCGAUGACAAUGCCAGGGCGGUGGUCACCAUUGGCAUUCCCUUCCCAAACAUCAAAGACCUCCAGGUGGAACUGAAGAUGAAGUACAAUGAUCAGCACUGCAAGUCCAGAGGUCUUCUCCGAGGCCAUCAGUGGUACGAGAUUCAGGCCUACAGAGCUCUAAACCAGGCCCUGGGGAGGUGCAUCCGCCACAGGAAUGACUGGGGUGCCCUUAUUCUAGUAGAUGACCGUUACAGGAAUAAUCCCAAUAAGUACAUCACAGGUCUUUCUAAAUGGGUCCGCCAGCUCGUCCAGCAUCAUGACACCUUUACCAAUGCAAUGAAGUCUCUGGUAGCAUUCUGUCAGGUGCAACAGAAGGUGGAGGCGGCCCCUCUUUCAUCUGUCAUCACUCACUUACCAGAAACUGUAGAGAGAGAGGAUCUGCCAAAGGCGUCCGAACCAUGGACACCCGGCUCAUGUGUCAAACCGCCUGAAGCCCAGCAGGACACAAGCCCCUCGACCUUCUCUGCUUUUUCACAUAAGCAGUUGAAAGCUGAACAGGAAAAAGAAUACUUGAAGACAAUCCACAGUCCUCCAACAAAGCCCCUUGUGCAAACCCCCCCCUCCAAGAAGCCUAUGUACCAUAUUUUCACCUCCAGAAAAACAACUAAUGGAAAACAACUAACGGAAACAGCUAAUCAUUCUGAGCACCAGAAGAAACAGCACAUCUCCUCCACGCAACAGAAGACUGAUGUGUCUUGUCUUAAACAAGGGGCUGGAGACCGUUCCACUGAAAUCAAAGUGGAACCACAUAGUCUGGCUCCAAAGCUUUCUCCAGUAACACCUCCCAGCUGUGAAAGGGAACCACCCUCAGCAGACAGUCAAGAGGAAGAUGAAGAUGAAGAAGACCAGACUGUCUUUUUUACUCCUGAACUUUUUGAGGGCGAAGGCGACGAAGGCAGCCCACAGAAAGAGACUAAGACCAAAUAUUAACAGUAACUGUUGAAACAGAUUGCAGUGCAAUGUAAAAUACCAUAUUCAGUUCAUACCAAGUUUUCAUAUAUCAUCAUUGGCUUUUGACAGUUUAUCCUGCAGCGUCUCCUAAACACUAUGUUGUAAAGUAUCUAUGUUACAAGUAGCCGACACACUCUUACCAAGCAUGCAGUAGAUGAUGAGGCUUCAGCCAUCUCAGAUCAGCUUCUUAUGCAGUGUGACAGCACAUCUUAUUAAGGCCAUUACAGCCUGUUCUCAGUUAAAAAAUGCAUAACUAACCAACAGUAUUGAAAUGACAGCGCUGAUUGAAUGAGCAUUUUAACAAAUCAUUAAAAUACAAAUCCUCAAACUCGUAUGAUAACAUUUAGUUCUGUUUUAAUGAUGUGUCUAGGAGUUAUGGGUGUUUUAGACAUGCCUGAUUUAACCUAAAGAAGAGGCUGUUAUUUUUUCAAUUUCAAUUAUGUGCUGUAAACUUAUUAGUGUGCGGAUAUGCAUUUAUUUUACGUUCAGUACAAGCAUCCAUAUAUAUAUUCUGUUAAAUCACAAUAAAAUAAUAAUCUAGCA